UAAGUAGACCGGAUACCGUGACGGAGUACGUUCUUCGGAUCCUCAUGGACAAUAAAGAUGCGGAGAAGUUGUUUUUUAUACCGUUUAAUACCGGUGGACAUUGGUUGUUGCUCGCAAUCAAUCCUAUCCGAGAAAUUGUGUAUUAUCUUGACUCGUUAGGAAAUGAUUGGACAACAUACCCGGAUAUGAAGGUCCUAAUUGACACCGUCCUACAAGCUUUUCGGGCCCAACGAGAUAUCCAAACCUCAAGGAGGGGCGCCAACUCCAUUACAUGGAUUAAAGUGGCGUGUCCUCAACAACGUAAUCAAAUAGAUUGCGGGUAUUUCAUGUUGAGGUUUAUGCGAGAUACUCUUGCUUUGGGCCGAUUAAAGAUUCCCACCGAUUACUUUGAUGAAUUCAAGUGUGCAUUUUAUACAAAGGAUCAAGUGGACGAAAUCAAAGAGGAGUGGUGUCAAUUCAUGAUAAAGCUCAAUGUUUGUUCAUAAAUUUGUGUAAUUAAUGUGUACAUUUGUAGUAUAUGUUAUGACUUGUAAAUGUGUACAUAAAUUUGUAUAUAUUUUGAUACAUUUAAGGCAAAAUUGGUUU